GCUGGAGGAGUGCAGGAUCAUGUCCUCAGCGAAGCGGCCUCUCUGGCUGAACUGGGAGAAUCCAGACAUCAUGAGCGAGCUGCUGUUCACAAACAACGAGAUCAUCUUCAAGAACGGAGACGACCUCAGACAGGACAUGCUGACCUUGCAGAUCAUCAAGAUCAUGGAGAAUAUCUGGCAGAACCAGGGCCUGGACCUCAGGAUGCUCCCCUAUGGCUGCCUGUCUAUAGGGGACUGCGUGGGGCUGAUCGAGGUGGUGAAGAACUCUCACACCAUCAUGCAGAUCCAGUGCAAGGGGGGCCUGAAGGGGGCGCUGCAGUUCAACAGCAACGCCUUGCACCACUGGCUGAAGGACAAGAACCGUGGGGAGGGCUAUGACUGCGCUAUCGAUCUCUUCACUCGGUCCUGUGCUGGGUACUGCGUGGCCACUUUCAUCCUGGGCAUUGGAGACAGACACAACAGCAACAUCAUGGUGAAGGAGAACGGGCAGCUGUUCCACAUCGAUUUCGGACACUUCCUGGACCACAAGAAGAAGAAAUUCGGGUACAAGCGGGAGCGGGUCCCCUUCGUCCUGACACAGGACUUCCUCCUCGUCAUCAGCAAGGGGGUCCCCGAGUGCACCAAGACCAAGGAGUUCGAGAGAUUUCAGGAGAUGUGCUACCAGGCUUACCUGUCGAUCCGGCAGCACGCCAACCUCUUCAUCAACCUCUUCUCUCUGCUGCUGGGCUGCGGGAUGCCCGAGCUGCAGUCCUUCGAUGACAUCGCCUACCUGCGCAAGACCCUGGCCCUCGACAAGAGCCAGCCCGAGGCCCUGGAGUACUUCAGCAAGCAGAUGAACGAUGCCCACCAUGGAGGCUGGACCACCAAGAUGGACUGGAUCUUCCACACCAUCCGCCACAUGCCCUUGUCCGAGAGCGGCCACGACUGACCGGGGCCCGCGGGCAGAGAGCCGUUCGAUCCAGUCCUGGUUUUGCUAGGAGCUUGAUCAGCCACAGUGUGUGUGGGUAGCAAGCUCAGGUGCGUCUUAACAGGGAUCGGAAUCAGACUCCCGUCACACAGCUGUGUGAUCCAGUCCUGGUUUUGCUAGGAGCUUGAUCAGCCACAGCGUGUGUGGAUAACAAGCUCAGGUGCAUCUUAACAGGGAUGGGAAUAAGACUCCCGCUGCACAGCAGUGCGAUCCAGUCCUGGUUUCAAUAGGAGUUUAAUAAUAAGACACACCUGAGCUUGUUGCAUAGACACACUGGGGGCUGAUCAAGCUGGUAGUAAAACCUGGAAUGGGUCACACUGCUGUGCAGCGGGAGUCUUAUUCCCAUCCCUGUUAUGCAAAUAUUCCUUUGACUGCGGAAGUGUUUUCUGGGGGGAGCUUUUUAUAACCCCUUUCGUGCACAGCAAUAUUAUCUCUGGACCUCCUUAUAAAGGAGCAGUACCCAGGGCUUUAAAAUCCAUUCUUACCUCUAGCAACAUUAUCCCCUUUGUCUUCCUUAUAGCAACAUUUAUUAUCACUGGGCACCUUUUAAAGGAGCGCUUUCCAGGGCUUUAAAAUCUAUUUUCUUACCUCUAAUUAUUAACGCUAGCAAAUUCCCCCCACCCCACCCCACCCCAGUUAUAAUCAACUGCGUUGGACAACAAAAAACUCGAUUCAUCACCAGCACCCCCCCCCCCCCUCCCCCCCCCCAGGAGACAACACCCUGGCUACGCCUCUCCCCCCCUCCCCCCUCCCCCCCCCCAUGACCCCAACCUCAGCUCCGCUCACCAGCACGAGCAACAUUUGCACUGCCUGCCCUUUUAAAGGAGUUGUAAUCGUGACUUUAAAACCAGUUGCCUUUUACUGCCAGGAUCAUCACACAGAGCUAGUAAGAUGUAAGAAACUGGGUUUGAUAAUUCAUUACAGUCGUCGAUGAGAUAUAUAUAUAUAUAUAUAUAUUUUGCUCGCUGGUUGGCGCUCCUUUGAUUAAUGUGCUGGGUUUUGACCGGGUUUGCAUUUGCUCAGCGAUAUCCUUUGUAUUGUAUCAAUAUAAACUCUUGUUAUUUUUUGGGGGGUAUUUGACAAUUAAAUGUUUCUGACAAAA